AUGCCUGUGCCAAAUUGGCAUGGAGAUGGCAAGGUCCCCGUGCCUGAAACUCGCUUGGAGGCUUGUCUCCUAGCAGCCCUCGAUUUGAAGUUUGCUCAGCAGGAAGCAGUUCUCCGUGGGUUGAUUACGCCCGGCGCGCUUCUUCCGCUGGCAAGCCUGGCAAGCCGAAGCUCGUUUGAGACCUCCGGCUCUGCCGGCUCACACAGCCAGGCGGUUGUCGAACCGGACAGCGAUGUCAUCUUAGCAGAUGAGUGGAGUUCGUCGCCCAAGGUGUCGUACCACCUCUCGGAGCCUUCGUCAGAUGCCAAGAGUCGACUCUUCUCAAAGGCCGCCAACACGCUUGGGGCACAAGUCAUGAAGGAGAAGUGGGUGGCGGACCCAGUUACAAAAGACCCGCCUUUUAAGGCUUUUGUCAAGGGCCAGAUGGAUUUGUACAUUGGCGUUGUGGUGAUCGUCCACGUUGUGGCAAUGAUUUUAAAUGCACAGUGGAUCGGGUCCCAGGCAGAUUUUAGCGUGGGAUUGAGCGAUCAGGCGUGGCCCGGACUAACACAGGAGGCUUUCGACAUUGCGGAAUACGUAUUCUUCGGCUUCUAUGUCUUGGAUGUUGGAGUGAGGGUAGCAGUGCUGCGAAGAGAAUGGUGGUACGACCCGGUUCGAGGGCGAAUGUACUUGAAUUUGCUUGAUGCUGCCCUCGUCUCCAUCAAUUUCACUGAGCUGAUCAUUGUGCCCGCGGUUGUCGGUGAUGAGGGCCAGCUCAGUGCCAACCAGAUCCGACUGAUAAAGCUGUCGCGCGUGGCACGAACUCUUCGAGUGAUGAAAUCGCUGUCUUUGUUCAGACAGCUGAGGCAUCUUGUGGGAACCUGUGUUGCAAGCAUAGGUGCCCUCUUCUGGUCCAUUGUCUUGAUUUUACUCUGUCAGCUGACCUUUGCUUUGAUCAUCUGCCAAGCACUUCAGCCUUUCAUCCUCGAUGAUCAGGCAGAUUUCGAAGCUCGCCUGCAGAUGAAUAGCUGGUAUGGUAGCUUCUUCAAGGCUAUGUAUACCACGUUUGAGAUUACCUUGAGCGGCGGGUGGCCUCUCCUCGUGAGACCUGUCGUGGAGUAUGUGGAUGCUGGGUAUGCGGCGCUUUUCUUACCCUAUAUCGCAGUCGUCGUUUUUGCAAUCCUGCGGAUCGUUACGGCUCUUUUCAUCAAAGAGACACUGCAGAGUGCGGCAAACGAUGCGGAGAUGGUGAUGGAGGAGUCCAGGUCGGUUUCUCUGAAAUAUCAAAGGCGCCUCGAGGAGCUCUUCUGCGUGGUGGAUGAUGACGGUGAUGGAAACUUGACACUUGAAGAGUUCCGUGGUGCGUUGAGUAUGCCAAGCGUGUCGCAAUACCUUCUAUACAUGGAUGUGACAGUCCGGGACUGUGAGCCCUUGUUCGAGAUACUUGCAGAAGGGGAUGGCCUUAUCACCAUCACUGAAUUUUGCAAGGGCAUCAUGCAGCUUAAAGGCCAAGCAAGAGCCCUAGAUAUCGUGAUGCUGCAACACGAGAAUUCCAAGCUGAUGGCUGAGUGCAAACAGAUCCGUCGCGCCCUUCUCACCCUGUCCAAGGCUUUUCGCCGCCCUGCGUGA